AGAUUUUCUGUGAACUGUCGUACAGCGGCAUUUCUGUGGCGUGUGCAUGCUAAACGGCUAAACGUUGCCAAAUAAUUUGUGAAAUUUCUACAAUUAUUUUAUUUAGAGUGAAUUGUGAAGCGGAUACAUAGUCAUAAUGAGUAUACUCGCCAAAAUAGCGGAGAUAGAAAAUGAGAUGGCCAGGACGCAGAAGAACAAGGCCACAGCUCACCACUUGGGUCUGCUCAAAGCACGUCUAGCAAAGCUGAGGAGGGAACUGAUCACGCCAAAAGGAGGCAGUGGGGGUGGACCAGGAGAAGGUUUUGAUGUGGCAAAAACCGGUGACGCAAGAGUGGGCUUUGUUGGUUUUCCAUCUGUAGGAAAGUCCACCCUGCUAAGUAACCUUGCAGGUGUGUACUCAGAAGUUGCAGCGUAUGAGUUCACCACCCUUACAACAGUGCCUGGAGUGAUUCGGUAUAAAGGUGCCAAAAUUCAGCUUUUGGAUCUACCUGGAAUCAUUGAGGGAGCCAAGGAUGGCAAGGGCAGAGGCAGGCAGGUCAUCGCAGUGGCUCGAACCUGCAAUCUAAUCCUGAUAGUUCUCGAUGUGUUAAAGCCUCUUGUUCAUAAGAAGCUAAUAGAACACGAGCUGGAGGGCUUUGGCAUCCGACUUAACAAGCAACCGCCAAACAUUGGCUUCAAGAAGAAGGACAAAGGAGGCAUCAACUUUACUGCUACAUGUACACAGAGUGAGCUCGAUGCCGAAACGGUUAAGAGCAUCCUGUCGGAGUAUAAGAUCCACAACGCCGACAUCACCCUGCGGAGCGACGUCACAGCUGAUGACCUCAUCGAUGUGGUGGAGGGAAAUCGGGUCUACAUCCCGUGUAUAUACGUGCUAAACAAAAUCGACCAGAUCUCCAUCGAGGAGCUGGACGUCAUCUAUAAGGUGCCCCACUGCGUCCCAAUCUCUGCCCACCACCGCUGGAACUUUGAUGACCUACUGGAGAAGAUGUGGGACUACUUAAAACUCGUUCGCAUCUACACCAAACCCAAAGGCCAGCUACCUGAUUACACGUCUCCUGUUGUGCUCCCUGACGGACGAACUUCAGUCGAGGAUUUCUGCUUAAAGAUUCACAAAAAUCUCAUCAAGGAAUUAAAGUACGCGCUUGUGUGGGGCUCGUCUGUGAAACACAACCCACAGAAAGUGGGGAAGGACCAUGUUAUGGAAGAUGAAGAUGUUAUCCAGUUGGUGAAAAAGUGAACUAGGUCUCGAAUCACUGUAUGGCUCAGCAAAUAUCGCCAGAUGUGUCCAUUACAACACCUCUGUCAUGUGGUCAACUUGUUUGCUGUGUUGUUAAAAUAGUGACAUCAAUGCGUCACACUUGAGAGAACCCACAGUACCUUUACAACACCAUUAAUAGUUCAUAUUGAAUGUUGGUUAAGGCUUGCAUUAAGAACAUAAAGCUGUACAAUAAAAAUGUAAGUGUAUAAAUGAA